AGCCAUCACCCGGCGACAUAGCACUCAUCAUAUUUCUCGACCAGGCGCAUUUGUCGCAUCAUCCUAGGAACCUACGCGACAUCAUGCCUGCUCGUGCCGGUACUUCAAAUACGCCGCAACGCGCUUCGCGACGACACAACAACUUCAAGGAAAACAUCAACUUCUUCGAGCCCGGCAAGCAAGGCCGUCGCACCGGUCUCGUUCUCAAGGACAGCGGAGUACGCGAUGAGCAUGGUUUCGAGCCCGUCAGUGGCAUCUUCUCGUCACCCGAACCUUCACCACAGCAGCCCUCACCCCAGCGCCUCCCACCAAAUGGCUCAAUUCCAGAAAUCACAGAAACCCUCAACUUGCGCAAGACUCCUCACCUACCGCCAAAGACUCAGACUCCGCGCCGAACAAACAUUGGUGGCUCGCCCGUCCGUCACUCUGCUAUCAAACCUGUAGAUACCCAGUCAUCACCUCAGCACCCGCUAUCUGUUCAAUCCACGAAUCGCACAAGCAGACGCCUCGAUUUUGCAAACAAGCAGCAGAACAACAAUGCCCAACCAGCCGUAGCCCCCAGCCCGAGUCCCUUCAAACCGCGUUUCGGAAAGUCGCGUAAGAGCGUCUUCGAUUUGCAACAAUCUCCAAACAGGCCACAACAGUACCUGGAAGAGGACGACGACAUUGACAACUCGGUUCAGCAAGUUCAAGAUGCUGUCAAUGAAUUGUUCGACCAAGAGCCGCCAAAAGACGUCCUGUCUUCAGCCCGCAGCACCAGAUCACAAAAACGCAAACAAGCAGAUCCCGAAUCGCCCGUCGCAAUGCAACCGCCUCCAGUACCAAUGUCUAAUAAACGCUCAAGGCCGAGUCUCGAUCAUCAGGACGACCAGACGACUGUGGAUCAGACAGUCGCAGACCAGACCGAAUUGCCCGACCAAACUGAACUUCCAGAUCAGACCAAAUUGCCUGACCAAACCGAUGCCGAAUACACAUACAUCACCGUGGACCAGACAGAAAUGCCCGAUCAGACUGAACUGCCCGACCAAACAGAACUUCCGGACCAGACCGAGUUGCCAGAUCAAACCGAAUUGGUCGACCAGACUGAAGCGCCAGAUCAGACUGAGAUGGUUGACCAGACCGAACUGCCAGAAGAGACGGGUGUCGAAUAUACAUGGAUCGACCAAACAGUCAUGGACCACACGACUGUCGAUCAAACGAUAGCAGAAGAGACGGGCGUAGAUCAGACAAUGGCAGAUGAAACUGUCAUGGACCGGACAGAGGCGACACACAUGUACGAUCACACCAUUGCAGAUCCUACCAUAGCCGACGAAGACAUUGCAGAGACGACCGAACUCCCGGAUGAGCCUGUUGUGGAGAGAAAUGCUCCUCUCUCGACAAAGAAGAAGCGGCCAUUCGAGGUGCGAAAAGAUACACAAGAGCAACCUCACGAGGACGACGCGAGCGACCACGAUCAGGAACACGAUGUUUCCUCUCCAUCACAUGCCGCGCAAGAUUUCAUUCCUCCGCCCGAGGACGAUGUACGAGACGAAUCUGAACACGAAGCGCAACCAGAACCGGCUAAGAAACGAGGUCGCGCCAAAGCUCCGCCAAAGACAAAAGGGAAGAAGAAGCAGGCUUCAGCAAGUGUUGAACCUCGUCCGAGGGCGUCAAGAGACAGCGAAUCAGUAGGCCCGGAUGGUCUCAAGAAGCCAGGUCCCAAGUCAAUCGUGAACCUGCGUGCUGGAACCCCCGCAGAAGACGAAGGUGCCAAAACUACAAGAUCUGGACGUACUUCUAUCAAGCCAUUGAAAUACUGGUGCAAUGAGACCUACAUCUGGAACCAGGGCGAGGUUGAGGGUGUCGUUCGCGCAGAGCCUGUAGAGCAACCGAAACCGAAGCGCGCUGCUCCAUCCAGGAAGAAGGCGACGAGAUUGGGUCCCAUCAAAGAGGACGAAGAGGAAGACGAGGAUUUAUUGCCAGAAGCCUGGGAGCAGGAAUUGGGUGUUAUUAACAGUACAGUUCGAGCUUGGGAUCCCAAAACUGGUACUGGCAGCAUCGAGGCAGAUGGUGUGAACGAGGACAUUGCAUUUGCCGCUACAGCCAUUAAAACACAAGACGUUCACGGCUCGUCAUUCCGCUACGCGAAGGUUAUGACCCUUCCGUUCUUCGGAUCCGGCAUGGUCGAAAUCCCACCUGAUGGCUACAAACGCAUGAAGAACUCUCGCAAGAUGCAAAUGGUGUUUUUCGUCCAUGAAGGCAAGGUUACAGUCGAUAUCGAGGACGUACAAUUUGGUAUGACCAAAGGUGGUGUCUGGCAGGUACCGAGGGGAAACAACUAUGCCAUUAUGAAUGAGAGUUCGACACACUCGGCCAAAAUCUUCUUCGCCCAAGGAUGCGAGAUACAAGCUUCGAUGAAUCAGUUCGAGGAUAUGGGAAGGGAGUCGCAGUCUUGAGUGAGCUUCCUUCCCUGUGAUUGAUUCUUCUGCUCUUCUUCUCUUUGAAUUGGCAGUUAGUUUGGUCAUUCUUGCCACUUUCUCGUCUUUUUUCGUAAUCAUAGUCAUGGAUGGAUUGUUUUUGGCGUUUUUCUUGCGGACAUUGGGUUGGUGUCUCUUGGACUCUUGGACUUGUGCCUUUUUUUUUUU